AGGCAGCAAGGAGGACAACGCUGUGAGAAGGUUGAUGCUUUCAUCGCCAUGGCCAACCGGAGCAGACUAAACUUUAUCCCCAGUGGUCGACAACUGCCCAGAACCCCGCCUGUGGUCCAAGUGAAGCAAGAGUUGGAUUUUUCCAGUGAGGAUCUAACUAGUGAAGAACCUUUGACCUGCGAGGAGAUGACUGAGUGGGCCAGCGGAGAACAACUGGAUUCAAAGGUCAACACAGCGGGUACAACGAUAGGUUGUGCAGAUUGCUCAGACUCCUUGCUGAGGGGCAUGAAGGGAUAUGAGCUCACCACGAACGACCUGGACUUCAUCAGGAUGUUGAAGGUGGACAAACGAUCCAAGCUGCUGGAGGAACAGCUGAAGGAGGUGCACAAGGAGUUGAUGAGCGAAACGGCGGCCUUGGAACUUGCGCUGGCCUCCAGGGAGAAAAUGUGUGCUCACCUUGGGAAGUUCCCAUCAAGCUCAGAGCUUGCUGAGCUUCUCAAGCUAGUGCUCAGAGUCACGUCGCCUGCAAUGGAAGUGUCGGAGCUGGACACCAGAUCACUGCUGGCCAGGGUGACGAGGGAAGACGUAGAUGUGGCACUGAGUGAGAAGAGAAAAGCCAUCAGUCAGCUGGAGAAGAUGGCGUCUCGCCAGAGGAUGAAGGACACAAAGGAGCGGGGACGGCUGGAGAAACAACUUGCCAGUGGUCAGCUGCUCAUUCAGCAGCUCAUCUGUGACUUGUCAGAUCUCACAUCCAAACUGGCUCAGCAAGACGAGCUAAAGGAUGGUGGUGGCCCAACAGAGGAGGUGCAAGCAGCUGAAGGUCCUGUGAAGGACCCAGAAAAGGUCAAGAGAAAGAUUGUUGCUCCAAAGAAAAGUCGGCCAGCAGACCAGGACAAAAGUAGCAGCAAAUCCAAGAAAACAUCUUUAAAGACUACCACGGCCUCCACUAGACAACAAAUGUUGGCAGACAAUACGGAGCCUGUGCAGGGUCCCCGAGGGAGGCAAAAACCUGUUGGACCCUCAAAGGGUUCGGCCUCACAGGUGAAACAUGGCAGACAGGCAAAGAACUCUAUACCUGCUCAUCAGAAAGCGGAGGCGGAACCAAUGCUGGUUCUGAGACGGUCUAAGAGGAUUGCCAACAGGAAGUGAUGGUGGACUCUUACUUUUUUUUUUUUUUUUUUGUAAGACUAUGUAUUGUUUGAAUUUAUGUGCUUUGGAAAAUUAAAGUGAUGCCCUGCAAAUUUAUGG